CUCACGACGAUCAUUUCUCUCCCUUUCUUCAAUCUGGUGUUCUUCUCAUUUCCUCAAAAGUUCUUUAAGUUUAUAAAUUUCUUCCAGCGGAUACAUCUGUGAAGAAAAAUCUACCCUUUUCUAAUUCAAACUCAAAAAUGGUGGUUUCUAAGUUGACAUACGAGGAAUGCAGGCGACAACGGCUAGAAGAAAACAAGAAGAGAAUGGAGGAGCUCAACCUCAACAAGCUCGCUAGUGCUUUGAAACCUUUACCCUCACCUAAGCCUUCCCCUGCGAAGCCCAGGGUGCCACGUCAGCCGCUCAGCCCUUCUUCGGCUCCGGCAAGAAGGUCUAGUCGCGUAGCCAACUUGCCUCCUCCAAACUACAAGGAAGUCCCCAUUGAACCUUUGCUGAGACCAAGAAGGUCCUAUCAGAAAAGGGACUUGCUAAAUCGAGUUUAUGCUUCAGAUGAAGUUAGGCAAUAUGCAAUUGAUAGGGCAGAAGAACUUCUCUCUGGUUUAGAUUCCAAAUACCCAAGUUUCAUCAAGCCUAUGCUCCAAUCCCAUGUCACUGGAGGAUUUUGGCUAGGUCUUCCAGUUCAUUUCUGCAAAACUCAUCUUCCUCACGAUGAUGAAACAGUAACUCUAAUAGAUGAGGAUGGAAACGAGUCACCCACCAAAUACCUUGCUGAUAAAACAGGUCUUAGUGGUGGUUGGCGAGGUUUCUCAAUUGAUCAUGAACUAGUUGAUGGGGAUGCAUUGGUGUUUCAACUGAUCAAACCCACAAAAUUUAAGGUGUUCAUAAUUAGAGCAUAUAAAUCAGAAAACAAGGAUGAAGAAGAUGAAGAUUUGGAUGGUACACACUUGAACAGGAGCUCCAAAAGAGUCAGAGCAAAAUAUUCUUAAUUAACUUAUGACGUAAUGAGCUUGGGAAUUUGAGGCUCUGGUUUUUUCCCCCUUCUCUUUAUGAAGGUACAAGGUAGUCCUCGUUGUUGGGUUAUAGCUAGAAGAACUUAUUUCGGUGCCAUGGAAGCUGCAAGGCAACAUAUCAGAGUUUUUUUUUUGUUCUCUAAAAUGUACAAGUGCACUGAGAAGAAGGGGGCUUUUUGAGAUUAACUUAGUUUGUAUUGUGGUUCCUGCAUCUCUUGGUGCUGAUUAUGAAUAUGAAGAGGAUACAUUUUGAUUGACAUGUAUUAUUGAGACUCUUUGGAGUUUUACUUAUAAUGACUUGAGAGACAUGUAAUUGUUGAUCCAACAUUUAUGAAACUAAUGAACUAACAGAAGUGGUGUUUUUCCUGAAUUAGAUUUUA